AUGGCACAGACCAACGACAACGACGCCUUCAGCCCCCCUGUUUCCCAAGAAAGGGUUGUGAUAACAAACAAACUUGGUGAGAGGCUUGUGGGGCUGCUGCAUCACACUGUAUCAAACAAGAUUGUGGUCUUGUGCCAUGGUUUUAUAGCUUCCAAGAAUGACAGCCUCAUUCUUGACCUGGCGGCAGCGUUGACAAAGAAAGGGAUCAGUGUCUUCCGCUUCGAUUUCAGUGGAAAUGGGUUCUUAACGGUCCAUGGUUCAGCUGACAAGACCAUACCUGUAGAAGAUGCCUAUGAGUUUGCGAAGCAUGUACCCAACCAUAAACUGCAUGUCAUAGAAGGAGCAAAUCAUAACUACACCGCACAUCGCAAAGAAGUUGCUGAUGCAGUAGUAGAUUUCAUCACGUCCAAUGGGGCUGGGGAGCCCACGUCUCCAAGAGGCAAAUGGGACCCUUCAAUACUGGGGCAGUAA